AUGAAGCUUAACGCCAUCCUCUUCGCCUUGGUCUGUUUGGGCUUGCUUGCCCUUGCUCUCGCCCAUGACGGCGAAGAUCACUCGGGAAGCAAGAAUGACGACAAGAACGACCGCGAUUGGGACUGGGGCCACUGCGAUGACAAGGAGGACGACCAUGAGGGCAAGGACGAGUGCUACUGGAAGUGCGUCAAGGUGUGCCACAAGAAGCCGCACCACACCACCUCCACCAAGAAGCACACCACCACGACCCCCAAGGAGACUACUACUACCCCCAAGGAGACCACGACCACCAUGAAGCACACCACGUCGACCACCACCGACGAAUGCCCCCACGAGACCACUUCUACCAGGAAGCACACCACUUCAACCACCGCGGAGUGCCCCCACGAGACCACUUCUACCAGGAAGCACACCACCUCCACCACCGCGGAGUGCCCCAGGGAGACCACUUCGACCUCGACCAAGAAGCACACCACCUCCACCACCGCGGAGUGCCCCAGGGAGACCACUUCGACCUCGACCAAGAAGUACACCACCUCC